CCAUUGCGCAGAAAUAUGAUUGGUACAGAGCCACAGCUACUUGUACGGUGAGAUAUGGCGGAGUUUGUAGUCUCGUGCAAUACUCGAGAGGAGUUUUUACACUUUCUAACGAGCUGAAAUAACUUUUCCGUGGACAAACUCCCUCACAACAAACGGAGACAGACGCAGGGAGGCUUUCUCUCCCAGACGGACGGAAAAAUGUGUUGUCAUCUUCGCGCAGUCAACAGCCCCAGGCAACAAAUAUGGCUACUUCUUGUGUAUCCUUCAUUUCGGGUCGAAACCCGUCCCAACUGGGUCGACAGGCGGAACACUUUUGGUGAGACCCGACAGUAGAGGUCCGAAGGUUGGGUAGCAGCAGAAAGAUUUGUUUACGAAGCUGGGUUCCUGCCCGAGUAGCCUGGUUCGGUUCGGUUCAGAGAGAGGGAGAAGAUGGAGCUGCAGCAUAAAGAGUUGCUGGAGAAAUGUUACCAGAACUUAGUGGAGUCAAUAACAGACGCGGACCGAGUAGUGGAGCUUUUGGCUCACUGCGGAGCUCUGAGUCAGCCCGAGCGAUGCGAGCUGGGACACAACUGCUCCUCCAACUCAGAAAAGGUGGACCUGCUCCUGAAGAUACUGAUAAACAAGGACAGAGAUUACUUCACGCAGUUGUGUUCAGCUCUGGAGAAGACCCACCCUCACCUGCUCACUCUGCUGCUGGACGGCAUCGGCCCAGUGGACCACACGACUGGGUCCACUUACAGCGUCUUGUCCACCAUGCCAUCAGACUCAGAAAGUAGCAGCUCGCUCAGCAGCUUAGGUACGUCUGGUCAAGCCUCUUCACCCCUCCCUGCAAAUGUGGACAGCCACCGGGUAAACGAGAAGAUGGAGACUGUGCUGUUCCAGCUGAGACAAGUGACUCGUGAAAGAGAUGAACUGCUCAAACGUUUACCACUCUCUUCUCCUGGAACCUCUUUUGAUGAAUGCAGAUUAAACUCAAAAACGGGUCAUGAUUAUGAGCAUCUGAAGCUGCAGUGCAUGAAGGCAAUGGCAGACCUGCAGUCCCUGCAGAACCAGCAUAGCACCACCCUGAAGAGGUGCGAGGAGGCUGUGAAGAAAGCAGACUUUUAUCGACGUGUUGCGAGUGAGCAUAACCAACUGAAGGAGGAGCUGGAUGCGGUGAGACAACACAACAUCCAGCUGCUCAGGGAGCACAACCACAUGAAACAGACGUGUGAGGAGCUGAGGAGGCUACAUGAGGAUGACCAGAGGGAAGUGGCUGAAAUGAGAAUGCUGCACCAGCAGGUCAUGAGAGAAGGCUCGCCAGAUGUCCUCAACAAGCUUUACGAAACAACCAUAGACAAGUUGGAGGUCAUGAAGAGUGACUACGAGGCUCUGAGAAAGCGCUACAAUGAGAAGACAGCCAGUCACAACGCAGACUUGAUUCGUUUGGACCAGGUCGAGGAGGAGAACCACAGGCUGCAGAAGACGCUGGACAUUCUCUCAAAACAGAGGGAUGCUGCGAUCCACUAUCAGCAGCAUUAUUCCUCCGUUCAAAGGUUUGACAACACUCAGCAGGAACUAUCCAAGGCUACAGCCCAGAAUAAGGAGCUGCAGCGGGAGUUGGAUCGGCUGCAGUCAGAGGUGACGAGGAUCAAGACCCAACAGCUCAAAGCUGUGAAGGACUGUGAAAAAUACAGGGAGGAGCGAGACUCUGUGAUCAGCGAGUAUCGCUUGAUCAUGAGUGAGAGGGACCAGGUGAUCAAAGAGGUGGACAGGCUUCAAACGGGCCUGGAGAUGGCCGAGGCAAAGCUUCAUAACGAUUCCUCAGAAAGACGAGUGGCCACCGAGGAGCUAGAAGCACUACGACAAGAACUGGCCUCGGCUCUGGUUGACAGGGACCGAGCAAUCUGUGAGAAGAAUGAGCUGCUGGAGAAGUACUGCCAUGAGGUGAAGGGCAAGACCGAAGCCCAAAAGGAGCUGAACCAGGCCUGCAGGGACAUCGAGACGGUGCGCGAGGAGAGGGAUGUUGCCCGCAAGGAGAGGACUGAGGCCAUCAUCCAGAGGGACCAGCUGCUGCGAGAGUAUUACCAGGCCAGACAGAAACAAGACUCCACUACUCUGGACAUGGAGCGAGCCACCAAGGAGAUUGAGAUGCUGAGGAAGCAGUAUGAGGCCAUCUCUCAGGAGCUGAAGGAGGCUCUGCAGGAAGCGGAGGUGGCCAAAUGUCGACGCGACUGGGCCUUUCAGGAGAGGGACAAAAUAGUGGCAGAGAGGGAGAGCGUACGAACGCUGUGUGACAACCUGAGACGGGAGCGGGACAGAGCUGUGAGCGAUCUGGCAGAUGCUCUGAGGAAUCUGGACGACACGAGGAAGCAGAAGAACGAUGCUGCGCGGGAGCUCAAAGAACUAAAAGAAAGACUGGAUGACCAGUUAGAGAAGGAAGCACACUAUCGACAGCUAAUGGCUCACAGCUCGCAUGAUUCAGCCAUUGACACAGACUCUAUUGAAUGGGAAACCGAAGUUGUUGAGCUUGAAAAGCACAGAGAUAUGGAUUUGAAUGCACUUGGGUUUGAUGUUGCUGAAGCGAUUAAUGACCCCUAUUUAUCAGGAGAUAGUGGCAUAUUUGUCUCCAAGGUGGAUAAAGGAAGCAUUGCUGAAGGAAGAUUGAGGGUGAACGAUUGGUUGUUAAAAAUAAAUGAUGUGGACCUGACUAAUAAGGACAGGAAGCAGGUGAUCAAAGCUGUGCUGAGCAGGGAGGGAGUGAUCAAUAUGGUGGUACGGAGGAGGAAGUCUCUGGGAGGACGGAUCAUCACUCCGGUUCACAUAAACCUGGCAGGACACCAAGAAAGUGGUAUUGGUUUGGAAAGUGGAGUGUUUGUUUCCACACUGGCUGCAGGUAGUCCAGCUGCCAGAGAGUGUAGCCUUGCUGUUGGUGACAGGCUGUUGGCUAUCAAUGGAAUUGAACUUGAUAACAAAUCUCUCUCUGAAUGUGAAUCUCUGUUGAGGAACUCUGGAAAUGCUCUCAGCAUCUCCCUGAUGAAGUUUCUCCCUCAAAGUUUCUCUGGACAGAAUUUAUUUGAAACUUUGAGGGAGUCAGAGAAGGCCCUGCGGCUCCAGUCCAGUGAGAUCCACGCCAGAAGCUGCAGGAACGCUAAGCACAACUGCUCCACUCAAACGGACACCUGCAGCUGUAGAUCUGGCAGUAGAGAAGACGAGGAAUGCAAAGACACGCGUGAUUCUCUGGAAAACAGCAGCAGCAGUAGCAGCAGUGCUCAUUCCCACCACAAAACCUUUUCCCACAGACCUUCAGAGCGACACCCAGCUCUCUGUUACCAGAGGCAGGACUGCAGGCCCCAUCCCCUCACCUUCACUCCUGUUCUCUCAGACUGCAGCUUUACUCAGCCUCCUGUGGACAGAGUGCAUUGUUUACCAUCAAAGCCUGGUGGAGGGACAUGGCCAAAGGUCAUAGUGGGAGCUUCGAUUGCUGAAGCAAGCCAGUUGUCCAUCUUCAAAAAAGCUAAACAGAGGAAGUCUAUCUUUGAUGCGAGUGCUUUCAGGCGGCCUGAGACCAACUCUAAAGUGGACUACAUGUCUCAAAUGUCCAAACACUCACCUCAGAGCUCAGGAUCUGAACCUGCUCAGACACCACCCACUCCACCAACCAGGAGCGACUCAUUCAGAUUCAAGCAUCGCCAACAGAACAGCUCUGCGUCUGACUCCACCAUCACCAAUGGCACUCCACCUGCCUCUGUCCCCCAAGUUACAAGUCCCCAGGAGGAUGGAUUGGUGGAGAAGCAGCUCUGUUACACCAACAUGCCUGCAGAAAACAAGAGCAGCCUCAAGAAACAGCCCGAUAAGGGGGAGGGGGCUCGACGCAGGCCAGAAGUGCUGGAGAAGAGGAGGUACCGGCCAAAAUCAGCACCAGCUUUACGACGAAACAUGACUCCUAUACACAUCAGUGCUCCCACGCAGACUCAGAGUUUUUCUAAUGAUGAAGACUCCCCAGAGCCAGUGGACUUGAUACGCUUCUCUCCUUCGAGAACUAAUCGGUACAGCAUGCCGUUUGCACCUCCAGGCUACAUCAGCAUCACAGCACCUCCACCACAAAGACGUUUAGCACCAUGUCCCGCUAUGGCGGCUGUCAUGAGGAACCCGGUUUACACAGCCUGGAGCCACGAGAUUCAGACCAACAACUGUCCUGCAGCUCCUAGUUCAGGAGUCUGUGUGCAUUCACAAAGCCCCCAGCGCCAAGGUCCCCUCUGUUUGGACCUCAGCCACAAGCGCAAUGGAGACUUGACGGAGACCCAGUGCAGCCAGUCACCACACAACUCCAACUCUCUACCCUCUGCAGCCAGGCUGAGCUCUCCCAGUACUUUACAAUUCCGGGCAGAGCGCAUUAAGAUCCCUCCGACCUGUUACUCCCGCUCCACUGGGUCUGACAAAGGCUCUCUCUCCCACUCGGAGUGUAGCAGCCCGACGCCUCCAAUUUCCCCCGUCAACCUGGACACAUCGUCUUUCUCCAGCAACCAAUCGCAGGGCUCCAUUUCCUCCCAGCCUGGAAUAUCAGUUAGCCCUGCUCCAGCUAGUGACAGGCGGAGGGAUGGGCCAUAUUUAGGUGAGCCUCGCCAUGUGACCGUACAGAAAGGAGCAGAACCACUUGGGAUCUCCAUAGUGAGUGGAGAAAACAGCGGGGUGUUUGUGUCCAAAGUGACACCAGGCAGCAUCGCUCAUCAGGCUCGUCUGGAGUACGGAGACCAACUUCUGGAGUUUAAUGGAAUCAACCUUCGCAAUGCCAACGAGCAGCAGGCCCGACUGGUGAUCGGACAGCAGUGUGACGCAGUCACCAUUCUGGCUCAGUAUAAUCCUCACAUGCUUCAGCUGGGGAAUCCCUCUCGCGCGAGUUCUCGAAUGGAGUCCAUCAGCAACCAGCCAACACCCCAGGACAGCGUAGUUACAACCCCAGACAACCACUCUGCUGUGGAUUCACUGAGUGAGCAGGAUGAGGGCACCAUGACGCCUCCAUCCAAACAGAUGACGCCUGCUGCAAGUCCUCACAACUCCUUCAGGCUUCCAGGCCCAGUUUCUCUCAGAGCUGGAGAACCUCGGCUGGUGAGAUUGAAGAAGGUUAACGUGGAGCUGGGUGUUCAGGUCUGUGGGGGAAACAUUUAUGGCAUCUUUGUGGAGAUGCUGGAUGAAGACAGCCCGGCGAAAGGUCCUGAUGGACUGCUGCCUGGAGACCUGAUACUUGAGUACAAUGGCAUCAGCAUGAGGAACAAAACUAAAGAAGAGGCUUACCUGGAUAUGCUGAAACCAGCAGAAACUGUCACAUUCAAGGUCCAGAACUGUGCAGAAAGCCUGGAUGACAUCAAAGCAUCUCCUGGCGAUGGAUUUUUCAUUAGAGCACUUUAUGAGCGGGUUGCAGAGGUCGAGCAGGAACUGAGCUUUAAAAAAGAUGACAUCCUGUAUGUUGAAGACACACUUCCAAAUGGUAAUUUUGGCUUCUGGCUGGCCUGGCAGCUGGAUGAGAGUGCACGGAAGCUGGAAAAGGGGCAGAUUCCAAGUAAAUACAUGAUGGAUCAGGAGCUUUACAGGAGACACGGCAUGGGUGAUAUGAAAGACGAUAACGGCACCGGUAAGACCAUGUCUGCCGCCGCACGAAGGUCCUUCUUCCGCCGGAGACUGAGGCAUAAACGGAGCAGCUCUAAGGAUGGGAAGGAGAUCAUGGCUCUGGACGCCAUCAGUACAGAUUCUUUACCCAUCACAGAGGACGGUGUGAGCCUGAUGUACCAGCGGGUUCAGAAGGUGGACUGCUCGUCCCCCAGACCAGUUCUGAUUUUUGGUCCUUUGGUGGAGGCCGUUAAGGACAUGCUGGUGAAGGAGGCUCCUGUUCAGUUCUGUCGCUGUCUGCCUGAAAUCAUGAAAGCAUCUCAGCAGGCGAUAGAGCGAGGAGUGAAGGACUGUGUGUUUAUUGACUACAGACGAAGGAGCGGCCAUUUUGAUGUGACUACUGUUGCAUCUAUAAAGGAGAUCACAGAGAAGGACUGCCACUGUUUGCUUGACAUCGCACCUCACGCCAUUGAACGUCUUCACAGCGUUCGCAUCUACCCAAUAAUCAUUUUCAUUCGCUACAAAAAUGCCAAGCAAAUAAAAGAGCAGAAGGAUCCAUUAUACCUGCGAGAUAAACUGGGACAGAAACAUUCCAAGGAGCAGUUUGAGGCGGCACAGAAAAUGGAGCAUGAGUACAGCCGCUUCUUCACAGGCAUUGUCCAAGGAGGCAGCGUCUCCAACAUUUGCACUCAGAUCGUGACCAUUGUGGAGCAGGAGCAGAAUAAAGUCCUCUGGAUUCCACAUGGAGCACCAUGAGAAUUUACUCUCACUCAGAGAUAUUAUGAAGUAUUUAGUUUUACAUUAGGAUGCACAGAAAAUCAAUAUAUUUGUUCACAACUCUGUUCACGCCCAUUGGUGUUUCACUAACAUCAGCACUGAUGAUGAUGAUGAUGAUGCAUUAUUCCCACUACAUUAGUGAUGUACCGUACUGCAGAUAGGUUUGUUUACACUAGUUUUUGAUACUUGAAUGUUUUGUCUCUUCUCCUUCAGUAGCAGCUGUUUGAACCAUUUCUGUUGCAUGAAUUUGUUGGACUGUUACAAAUGUGCAUCAACACAAACCGAAGACCAUGUUCUGAAGAUGGAGUGGACCACCAUGUUCUCCUAAAAUGUACUUAAUUAUAUAUUAAUAUUUCCAGCCAUUUAAUUUAUCUAAUCAAAUUAAAUCUAUUAUACAUUCUUUGUUAUAUAGGUGUAGUUCUAUAUAGUAGGAAGAAUAAUUUACAGGUAUCUUUAUUUAUAGAAGACAACCGCUUCCUUAUUAAUGUUGCAGUUUCCGUUCUGUUGUAUGAAGGCACCUUUUUCAUUUCAACUCAAACAUGCAUUAGUGACAAGUUUAUUGUUUUGGGGAAAUAUUAAAGCUUUAACUUUAGCGCUACUUCAAGUGAGCCCUCAUGGUACUGCUAAUCCAUAUGUUUUCAAAUUAAUUUAAGAAGGGAAUGCCUCUCAGAUAAACACAUUCACUUAUACCUCUUGAGUGAUAAUUUAUUACAUCACACAAAACACAAGUAUUUCCCAAAAAAAGUUCCUAUUUCCUAAAAUAUUAAAACAAAUGGUAAUUGACACAUU